AUGGCCAGCAAGGUUGACCGCAUAGUUGCCCGGCUACAGGCCAAGAUCGAAGAGGGCGAUUAUUACGAAGCUCAACAGCAGACCCGUGUCGCGGCAUCUCGUUAUAUCAAGACCUCCAACUGGCCUGCCGCGAUCGAUAUUCUCUCCAAUGUAUCCCAAGCCUUGCUGCGCGCGGGGCAGGGUGGCAGUGGAGGAGACCUGUGUGCUAUGCUGGUCGACGUCUACAAGCAGGCAGAACUCAAACCUGAUGCUACCGCCAAGGGUAGACUAUUGACCUGCCUGCGGCUCUUCGAGGCUGGCGAGCCUACGAGGAAGAAGUUUAUCGGUGAAAUCAUAGCUUGGUCAGCAAAAUUUGGCGAAUAUCCAGCUGGAGAUCCUGAGCUUCACCAUGUCGCCGGCUCACUAUAUGCCGAGGAGCACGAUACAUACGAAGCCGAGAAACAUUUGAUAUUAGGAACCAAGGACUCGCCCGAGAUUCUGACAAAGAUGGAAUAUAAUUGGUACAAGGAGAGCGAGCCUCAUCAAGCGGCUCUCUUCGCCGGCCGCGCAGUUCUCCCAUAUCUCCUCGUUGGCAAUGUUCGUGCUGCCAAUACCUGCUACCGCCUCUUCACCAGCUCCCUCUCCAACGAUAACCCGAACCUUGGUGUCCAAGACGUGUCGAGCUCCGCUGGUGACAUCCGCAUCUUUCCAAGCCUGCCUCUACUCAACUUUCUUGGCUUUCUCCUUCUUGCUAUCCAACGCGGCGCACCCGAGCUCUACCGUGCUUUGGUGUCCAAGUAUGCCACACAAAUCAACGAGGCGGGAUCAUGGGCCGAGGCGCUUGAGAUGGUUGGAGAGAUGUACUUCGGCCUGUCCAAGCCUCGACAAAGCAACCCUCUUAUGGAUAUAAUGAGCGGUUUCUUUGGUGGUGGUGGCCAACCAGAAAAGCCAAAGCGUAAGCAGGUUACGCAACGGCAAGAUGCCCCCGCAGCGGAAGGUCUGGACUAG